AUGGUCGCGCAACCAGAAGAGGUAAUAACAGUCAACGGAACGCUGAAGGCAAAUGGGAAGCCCAUAAAAUCCAAAAACCAGCUUCGGCGGCUGAAGCAAAGGCAGAGAAAGACAGCAACAGCAACCAAUGAGCAGCAGAACGACACCGAAGCAGAUAAAAAAGAGGAACCAAAGAAAGUGCUAGCCAAUGUUGAGUACGUACCUGAGCAGUUGGACGGUACUGCGUUCGAAGCAUUUUCCGACGUCUUUGCCCGUUUUCAGCUACCGCCUGAUGAAUCAGUAAAAAGGGACCCUGAAAAUACCAAGGGAGAAAUGAUUUACUCCGAUGACGACAUGCCUUCUGAGGGCGACUCGGACGCAGAACAGAAACCGUUGUCGAAGAAGAAGCAGCGAAAGAUGGCGCGUCUGACGGUCGCGGAGCUUAAACAACUGGUGAAGAAGCCUGAAGUCGUCGAGUGGACCGACGUCACAGCUGCCGACCCGCGGUUGCUUCUUCACCUCAAAAGUUACCGGAACACCAUCCCCAUCCCGAUACACUGGAGCGCGAAACGAGAUUACCUGCAAGGCAAGCGUGGUAUCGAAAAGCCGCCAUUCCAGCUCCCUUCCUACAUUGCCGACACGGGCAUCGCGACGAUGCGGGACGCCGUCAAGGAAAAGGAAGCCAACAUGUCUCUGAAAGCCAAAACUCGAGAGCGUGUCCAGCCGAAGAUGGGUAAAGUGGACAUUGAUUAUCAGAAACUGCACGAUGCUUUUUUCAAGUUCCAGACGAAACCACUAGUUACUGGCUUCGGUGAAAUGUACUACGAGGGCAAGGAGUUUGAGACGUCGCUGAAGGAGAAGCGUCCGGGGGAUUUAUCGCCUGAAUUGGUUGAAGCUCUCUCAAUUCCUCCGCUUGCCCCGCCACCUUGGCUCAUUAGCAUGCAAAGGUUCGGGCCUCCGCCUAGUUAUCCUACGUUGCGCAUACCCGGUCUCAAUGCACCUAUACCUGAAGGGGCACAAUGGGGUUUCCAUCCUGGUGGAUGGGGGAAGCCUCCGCUCGAUGAAUACAAUCGGCCCCUGUACGGCGAUGUCUUUGGCGUGCUUCCCAAGAUAUCGGACAUCAGUGGCGAACCCAUCGAUAAGGAGCCUUGGGAGGAAGAAUCCGAAGAAAGUGAAGAAGAAUCCGAGGAGGAGGAAACAGAGCCCGCGCCUGUUGACGGUCUUCAGACACCUUCAGGCACAGAAACGCCUUCAGGAAUGGCUAGCGUCGUGUCUACGAUUGCUGGUGGUCUGGAAACACCUGACUUCCUCGAGCUUCGCAAGAGCUCUGGAAGAACUGUGUCGGAGGCCAUGGAGUCCGGACCAAGGUCGUUGUAUCAAGUUGUUCCCGAGAAGCAGACUUCUGUCCGUGGGCUGAUGGGAAGCGAGCGUGGUUACGACGUCAGUGCUGUGGCCGGCGCGCCUAUUCCUGUUUUGGGUGAUGAACGCGGAACAAAGCGCAAGGCUAAUGGAGUCGAUGUUUCCAUCGAUGCAGGUGAUCUAGAGAACAUGUCGGAGGAGGAGCUGAGGAGGAAAUACGAUGCUCAUUCGCGUGGAAAUGCCGGCGUACCUGGGGCUGGACGGGAAGAUUUCUCGGACAUGGUUGCGAAGGAGAUGGCAAAGAAAAAGCAGAAGAUGGAACGGGACAGGGAUCGUGAUAGGGAUGGAAGAAGGGGAAAGGAAUACAAGUUUUAA